AUGGGACAGCGCCUGAUCUGCUGCCUCGAUGCGCCCAGCGCCCUGCAGCCGCCGCUGCUCCUCCCGGUGAGAAGGAAACUCCUGCUGCUCUGCAUCAUGCUCUUCCUCUGGCUCUACAUGUUCUACUCGUGCGCCGGCUCCUGCGCCUCCGUGCCCGGCCUCGCGGCGAGGCCCGCUGCCGGCGCUGGGGAGGCUACCGCCACGGCUGGAGCGCACGGAGAGAGUCUCCAGGUGCUUUCCAAGCUGCUGCGCCGGGCGCCUUCCGGGGGAGCCAAGGGGCUGGCGGGUUCCGCUGCGGCUUCCCCCUCGGAGCUGCGGGAGGAGCAGAGCGCGGCCCCCGACCCCACCAGCCCCAUCUCCAGUUUCUUCAACGGCUCCGGCACCAAGAAGCUGCCGCAGGCCAUCAUCAUCGGGGUGAAGAAGGGCGGCACACGGGCGCUGCUGGAGUUCCUGCGGGUGCACCCCGACAUCCGGGCCGUUGGGGCCGAGCCCCACUUCUUCGACCGCAACUACGAGCAGGGCUUCGCCUGGUACAGAGACCUGAUGCCCAGAACCCUGGAUGGGCAGAUCACCAUGGAGAAAACUCCCAGCUACUUUGUCACUAAGGAAGCACCUGCUCGAAUCUCCGCCAUGUCAAAGGGCACCAAGCUCAUCGUGGUGGUACGGGAUCCCGUGACCCGAGCCAUCUCUGAUUACACACAGACUCUCUCAAAGAAGCCUGAUAUCCCCACCUUUGAGAGCCUGACCUUCAAAAACAGGACUACAGGCCUGAUCGACACCUCGUGGAGUGCCAUCCAGAUUGGCAUCUACGCCAAGCACCUGGAGAACUGGCUCCUCUACUUCCCCAUUGGGCAGAUCCUCUUCGUCAGCGGGGAGAGGCUGAUCAGCGACCCUGCCGGGGAGCUGGGCAGGGUCCAGGACUUUCUGGGCCUUAAGAGGAUCAUCACGGACAAACACUUCUACUUCAACAAAACCAAGGGCUUCCCCUGCCUGAAGAAAGCUGAAGGCAGCAGCAAACCCCACUGCCUGGGGAAAACGAAAGGCAGGACCCACCCCAGUAUAGACAGAGAGGUGGUGCAGAGACUGCGGGAGUUCUACAGGCCUUUCAACAUGAAGUUCUACCAGAUGACUGGGCACGACUUCGGCUGGGACUGAGGCUGGCACAACAGUGUCUUCUUGUAAUUACCCCAUGGUGCAGCUUGCUUCUAUAAAGAUAUAUGUGUGUAUGUAAAAUGUACAGAAAUCUAUUUUAUAAUAAUUUAUUUUUAAUUUUUAAGUAAUUAAUUCACUAAGCUGCCUAACCACACUGUCUAGAAUAUUAGCCCCUAACCUUUUUUUUUAAACAUUCCAUGGUGUUUAAUUCUAAUAUUGGUCUUUUUAUUUUGUUUGGUUUGUAAAUGACGGUGUUUCCAUUUACCUAGAGGAAAUUAGUAUUAAAAAGGAAGGGGAAGGGGGGGAAAGCACAAUUUUAUUUUCGUUACGGGUAUUAGGCAUUUAUAAACAUUUACUUGUCAUCUUCUAACUCCCUAGUAUCUGUUCCCCUACCUUUUGCAUGAGAUCGGUUCCUUCCUGCCUUCUGAAUAACAGUAGGGGAGGGAGAGGCUGUGCUGCUUUUUGAAGCUCAGAUGCUUAUGCCCAACACAGCAGCUGCUUUACAGAGACGUUAUAAUGUGCAAAAUCCAUCAGUCUCCACACUCCCCAGCCAUACUGCUGCUGGGAGACUUCUGCUUGCUUCUGUUUCCCCAAGUGUUGCUUGGUGCAUAAGGUGCUCCUUUGGAAAAGAGCAAAAGGAGCACCUAUAGCAUGAGAUUUUGCUGUAAGGGAGGAGCAGUCUUAUCACUCUGUAUGUGGGGUGUGUGGUUUUUUUUUUUUGUUUUGUUUU